AUGUCUGGAUCUGCGCAGGACGAUGCGGUCGCGCGUGGAUCGGACGCACUGAAAGACGGUGCUGCCAAUGAACCGUCGACAAAGGACUUCAAGGUGCUGGUUGAUCCGGGUCUCUCGCACGACCGACAUGCGCAGCUCGAGCGGCGAUUCGACGGCAUUGAUCCAAAGACGAACACUCCCGUUACAGUUGUCGAUCCCCGGCGUGGCAGGCCGCCACGGUAUACCGCUACACUUGAUUUGACAAUUCCUCGAUUUAAGUUUGACGAGCACUCUGUCGGAGAUGCCCCAAAUCGCAUCUUAUUCCUGAGCGAAUUGAACGACAAUGUCGAGUCGUCCUUCCUUUUGGACGAGCUGCGGAAACUGGGCUCUGUGGAAACUGCCAAAGUACACCACCAUCCGCAGACCGGACGGCAUCUGGGGAUAGCAAGUGUCGUCUUUCCGUCCGUUCGGGAAUGCACCAGACUGCUGCCGUUGAUAGAUGGGCGCACCUUUAUGGGCAAGCCAGUCAAAGCCGAGCUGGAUGGCUCUGAGACUAAACGGCGAACAGAAUACGCGAGACUGACAGGCACAGCAGCUGCGCCUCUCACCCAGGCUCCCGCUCCAACGCCGGCAACUCCUACGCCCCCACCAACAUCACGACCCCCGCCAUUACUAUCGACACAACCACAGCAACCACCCCCGCCGCCACCACCACCAACGCAACUGCCAGAGCUCCCUCCGCCACCACCUCCGCCAACUGAGCCCGCGCGGCUGGCAUCUCGCUGGGGCCAAACGCCCGCCGACACUGCGCCGCUGCUCGCCGAGCCACCCAAGCCUGCCGCACCCCCAAGUCGCUGGGGCCAAGGUCCUUUACAGAAGAAGCCUUCUGAUGGCGGAGCUCCCGGUACGGGACUUUUGGAGUGGAAGCCGUCAACGUCUGGCUGGGAUGACAGCGACGUCUCGACUGCUACGCCGAUGGCGACAUCCCACGCAUCUAGUGCGGGUGACGCGCACGUCGGAAACAAUCGAUAUGCCUCCGCCCAAAACCCAAUUGCAAUGGCUCCCGACUCCAUCGAACGGCCAAACAUCAUUGUCAAUGUCAAUCCUCAGCUGCUCAGCCGCAAGUGGCUGGAGGACCGUUUCCGAAGCUUCUACGUCGUUAGCAUUUAUCAAUCCCCCGGCGAUCGCAUCUGGAUUGUCGAGUUUUUCAACCCGAACGAUCGCGAUCGCGCGCUGAACCGAUUUGAUCGAACCACCGUUGAUGGCAUUUAUCUUUCCCUUAGUCGCGGUCCAAUGGCGCCUGCGCCUGUGCCUGUGCCUGUGCCUGCUGCCCCACUUCUUGGCCUUCCUGGAACAAUCCCUGUUGGAUCAAUGCCUGGUGGAAGUAUCCCGACCCAUGCACCUACCGGAUUGCUUCCCACUCCCGGCGCAGCCAAGCCGCCGCUGGUUGCUGCACAACUCAUCAUGCCACCGCUACCACCUCUUCUGCCUCCACAUCUGCUGCCUCCGCAGCCAGCACCAGUCAUUCCCAAACUGCGUCCGCUUCUUCCGGAAGCGGCUGCGCCCCCUCCCGCGACCUCCUCAUCCUCGUCCUCUGCAUCCUCAAGCUCCAAACCAUCUUCCUCUGCUGUGCCUCGCCAAUCCACCACGAUUCCUCCACUUUUACCUGCUUCCGCAGCCAAGCCCACUUCCAAACCAAGCCAACCCAGUCCUCGAAACGUGCCGAAAGAGUCUCUGGAGGAGCGUGUCAUUAAAAUUUUGCAGCAAGAUCUCAUUGCCGCCGUUGCCCGGGAUUUACGAGCGCAGCAUGUUGAGAAGCCUGCAUUCAACAAGCUGCUCGAGUGGCGUGCAAAGCAAGCUGCAACCCUCAAAGAUCCAAAGCGCUCAGGGGAUGCCUCGCAUUCGCACACCGCCGCCGCCACCGACAGCAACAACUCAUUGACUGCCCAAAGCAACGGCGAAGCCCACUCGACGACUGCCGUCCCACCGGCCCGCACCGUGCCCUUGUUCCAAACUAAUAUUUUGGGACUCGGAGCAUCGGGCGCGGCUGGACGCUCGGCAGUCUGGGCGUUGCCUUCCUUUCGCAAGCCGGGCGCGAGCGAAAGGCGCCAAGAGCACCAGCCAUCCUCGUCGAGCGGCUCUGGUCUUUCCAGUCGUCUGGAACACGGACGACGCGGCUUUGAUGCCGGGUCGCAGCGCAAGGAUUCCACGCGUACCAAGCCAUCCGCCAAGGAGCGGGGCUCGAAACCUGCUCGCCAAUCGUCUUCGUCUGGCCGAUCUGAGCGCCACGCCCGAGUCAGUGAUAGUGAAGAUGACGACGAGAGCGACGAGAGUAGCCAAUCAUCCUCGGAAUCGAGUCUCGACAGUGAUUCUGAAGACUCCCGUAGCGACGGCAAGUCCGCCAAGCAGACUCCUUCCAAGCACCUGCCUCACUCCAGCAAGCCAUCAAAAGCGGAGGCUGCGGCGGAGGAGCAGAGCGUGCAUGCCAACGCGCUCGCCAACCAAGGAACGCAAAAACGCCUCAAAGAUGAAAAGUCCUCCGCUUCAAGUGCGCGUGGUGCCAAGCGCAAAGCGCACGAGCUUGAUGACAAUGAUUCCGAGGCCGCAGGCCUUCCUGCUGCGGGCAAGCCUGACAGCAGGCCAAAGUCCUCCUCGCGGAAGCGCGCACACGAGGACGAUCUGGACGCCGAAGCAGCUGCAGCAUCUCUGGAGCCUCCGCCAGUCCUGCAUGACUUGUUGCUCGAUGACAUCUCAAAACUCUCUGCUCUGCCGACUUCCGAGGGUGGGCUAGCCCGCCUCAAGCUCGCUGACGAGCAAAUGUUUGCCUCGUUCAACGGCAUGAGAAUGGUUGUCUCGGACAACCCGUGGCACCAGCCCCAUCUGGAUGUCUCGCACCUUGAUGAGGAAGACUCGUGGUACGCUGCAGCCGCUGCGCGCUAUCUUGAAGCGCGUGGUAUGGAUGGUGGGGCGCAAGGCUUCAACGCGGCCGAGGAGGUGGAAGCGACCUGGCCGCUGAAUUUGAGCAAUCUGGAGCAGUAUCUGUCGAACGCCGCCAAGCUCCCUGUGGCCUCGGAUGCGCUCACGCACCAGGAUAGGACACUCAAGAGGGCGCGCCUUCAUGCAACGGGUAGUGCACGAAGUGAGGGCUUUUACAAACCCAGUCAUGAAGACAAGAAGCUCGUGAUGCACGGCGCGCCGGCGUACCUGACGGGCAUUCCUGGCCUGAAGUUUGACAGCACUCUCCGAAAUACAAUGUACGCCGUCACUGGCGCGAGUGAUGCAAGCCCGCAAACGCCUGGCACAAGCUCUGCAACCGUGUCGACGGCCUUGGCGUCGGGCAGCCCCAGCGUCUUGGGCAUGGCCAACGCGUCAGUCAACCGUGCCAACCGGCUGCAGCUUCGCCAAUUUGCGGCAGUGAUUGAACAAGCAACAAACAGCGACACCUUCUCGCUGGAUAUGCUCAAGUCGCGCAAAAAGCUGCUCAAGUUCCAACGCUCUGGCAUCCACGCAUUUGGCCUCUUCUCGCAAGAAAACAUUAGCGCCAACGACCUGGUUAUCGAGUACGUUGGUGAGGUGAUUCGCCAGUCAAUCUCUGACAUUCGCGAGCACCACUACGAGCGGCGUGGCAUUGGCUCGAGCUACUUUUUCCGCAUCGACGAAGAUCACGUUGUUGACGCGACCUACAAGGGUAAUCUGGCGCGCUUCAUGAAUCACUGUUGUGAGCCCAACUGCUAUGCAAAGAUUAUCAUGGUCGACGGGCACCAGCGAAUCGUCAUCUACUCGAAACGUGACAUCAAGAAGGGUGAGGAAAUCACCUACGACUACAAGUUCCCCUACGAAGAAAACAAGAUUCCGUGUCUAUGUGGCGCUGUCAACUGCAAAAAGUUCCUCAACUAACUGUGGAGGCUAUUCCAGACGGGUUGAUUGGCAUUCCAAAGAUCCCUGCAUCUGCCUUUGUUUGAAAUGGCUUGGUGCAACAAAACAGUUUCUGA